AUGUGACAGAAGCUGCUGUGCUAGAGUCUGACUGAGUCUAAUACAGCCUGACUGAGGCUUUUUCACUGUUUUUAGGACCAGUUUUAUACAUUCAUAACAGGAACCUGUUAAAGCAACCAUGGGAAAAGUAGAAGGUGGAAUGAAAUGUGUGAAAUAUCUGCUCUUCAUAUUUAACUUCAUAUUCUGGCUGAUGGGCUCUCUGGUGUUAGCAGUGGGUUUAUGGUUACGGCUGGAGCAGGACACUGUGGCCCUGCUGGGAAGCGACGGAGCACCUGAAAACUUCUUCAUCGGUGUGUAUAUCCUGAUUGUGGCUGGUGGUCUGGUGAUGUUGGUGGGGUUUUUUGGCUGCUGUGGGGCAGUGAGAGAGUCCCAGUGUCUGCUCGGCUCAUUCUUUGCCUGCCUGCUUAUCAUUUUUGGGGCAGAAGUUGCUGCUGGUGUGUUCGGAUUCCUAAAUAAAGACAAGAUAAUUCAGGACAUUCAGACAUUUUAUAAAGAAUCUGCUAAAGACACAACGAGCAACAACACUGUCAUCAUCUCCAGCUACCACAGAGUUCUGAACUGCUGUGGCACUACUUCAACUCAGUCCACCCAGUGUCCCAAUAUCCCCCCUGAUACUAAGGACUGUGAAUCAGCCAUUGAAGAGUUUUUCAACAGUAAGCUGUUCAUUAUCGGUUAUGUGGGGAUCGGAAUCGCUGGAGUCAUGAUUAUCGGUAUGAUCUUUAGCAUGGUGCUGUGCUGUGCAAUCCGGAACAGUCGGGAGGUGAUCUAACAAAGCCUGUCUGACCUUUUACCUCUUAUCUCCGUCCACCGCUGACUCCAAAUAGCACACAGCUCUGAGACGAAAGAAACAUCCUUCUGUCAGAAUACUUAAAAAUCCUUAAUCAGGAGUGAGCCGGAGGACGACAUACAACUGAUCAUUUUUCCCUCUCAGUCUAACCCGUCUGAGAUUCUUAACGUUUGUUUUUUUUUUUCAUUUGUUUUAUUUUUGCUUUAUUACCUGCUGGAAAGGUGUCAGCAAUGUUCCAUUUUGACAUGAGGGGUUUAUUUAUGUGUCUGUCUUUGUUUCCAAGUUCUAAAUGUUCUGGACACUGUUCGAGUGGAACUCCCUCUUGGCCGAGUUAUUUAAAGACGGGCAGAUUUCUCAGCUGUGCCCGCCGGUGCCAGUGUGGCAUCACAUGACUGAUAAAGAUAUGAUGUAAUGUGAACUGCAGGCAGCCUAUGGCAUGCUGGGAGAUUUGACGGGAUGGGUUUGAGUCAUGACUGCAGUCUAACCUCACAAUUUCCAUUCAUACUCACUAUUGCUCAAGCUUUCACCUUCAUCCAGACAACCGCUUACAAAUAGUGGGGUCCAAACAUCUGAGACCACUUUGAAAAUCUAGGAUUGUUAUUUAUUCCUGAAAAUAAACAAUGAAAAUAUUAGGAUCUUGAAAAAUGUAAAGCAAAAAAAGGUUUGACAAGAGAAGGUAGAGAAGACAUAUUAAAAAUUCUGGAUCACAAUUCAAAUGUGUGAAAUUGAUUAAAACAGAUUUUAAAAAGAGUAGAAAUUAAAAAGGGAACUUAUCAUAUUUUCUGGUCACUCUACAGCCUCUAUAUGCAUCAUCCUACCAGUGCAGUGAUAAACAGGGUAUGAAAAUGAUGUAAUUCUGUUAUAUCGAACCACAUCCGUAAAGUUAGAACACCACUGACAACAUUACUAAAGUCUGAGCUUUUCUAGAAAAUACUCUACUGCAUAUUCUCCACUGCAUUGUAUGUACAUUAAUAAAUUACAUUUUUAAAUUA